AUUGUGUUUGGCAUGGUUCCUUUGCGUUAGAUUAGACUUGAGUGAAAAUCAUCGCCCAGCUUCAUACCGGUAUUUGGUUUAUGGAACCUAAUGUUUGAGAAUUGAUUGAGCUUGAUGUUUCAUUUUUAUUUUUUUAUAUUGUUGCAUGAAGUGAAGCACUCUUCAAAAGGGGUUAUCAUGAACAGCCCAAGUGUUUAUUACUAGUAUUAAAUUAGUUUGUGGGUAUUCAGCUUUGAGCUGAUAUCCAGUGCAGUCUCAUUUUAAUACUUCUCAAUUCAGGAUUACAUAACAAUGGAAUGCCUAAUGGACAUACUUCACUUUUCAAUUUUUGAAGAUUUGAUGACAUACACUAAAAUAUUUCUUUGGAAAUAUCCUCGAGCUAUAGCUGUCAUCACAAUCGUUGCAAGUAUUGGUGUUUUACUAAAGACUAGAUCAAGAAAGCAGCCUCCAGGUCCUUGGGGAUGGCCAUUUAUUGGUCAUCUCAAAUAUUUUAAAGAUAAAUAUUAUAUCGGAUUGUUCCGUUUAAAAGAUAAAUAUGGUGAUGUAUAUAAAUUAAGACUGGGUAGUCAAGAGUUUAUAGUAGUAUGUUCGUUAGAAGGUAUAUUAGAGGCGUUAGUUGGGAGUGGUAAGGCAUACUGUGGUAGACCAGAUAUAAUAUCUUAUGAUAUAUUAUACAAAGGUGGACGACAGAGAGGGGUGGACACUGCAGAUUUUCAUGAAAUGUUGAAAAUCAAGAGAAGUUUUAUUGACGCCAGUUUUGAUGCCUAUUGCUCGAACAUAGAAACCAUCGAAGAUAAAAUAACCAUCGAAGUUCUUGAGGUCAUGGAUAGCUUUUUGGAAAAGAACGAACCCAUUGAUCCUUUUUUCAUGCUGGAAGCUAGCUGUCUCAAUAUCACCAUGAUGUUAGUCUUUGGCGAAAGGUUGGAUCCCCGGAAGAAGAUAACAAGCGAUUUGUUAACAAUAUUUCACGAGAGGUCAUUGUUGAAAGCCUUCACUCCAGAUGAUUAUAUUCCACUCUUAAAAGCUUUCAAAACUGACGAUCAUCUAGAUUACAUUAAAGCAAUCACUUCGAAACAAAUAGAAAACCAGAGUAAAUUAAUUAAUUUGCAUAAAGACACUUAUGAUCCAUCCAAAUUACGCGAUAUGGUGGAUCAUUUGUUACUAUUUAUUGAAUGUGGACAAGAUUUGGCGUUAUUAAAUAAAGAUGACAUGGAUUAUUUAUUGUUGGACUUAGUCAACUAUGGCUACGAGGCCAUUUCGGUGCUAGUCACAUGGUUAAUCGGUUAUAUGGCAGCAAAUCCCGACAUACAGGUCAAUGUUCAGGAGGAGAUUGAUUCGGUCGUGGAGAGAGAUCGACCACCAUCUUUAAGAGAUCAUCCAUUUCUACCAUACACUACAGCUGUUAUACUAGAAACACAAAGAAUGGCAUCUGUCUUUCCAUUUCUUAUUCCACAUGUGGUUACAGAAAAUAGAAUUCUACAAGGUUAUCCAAUUAAAACUGGUACAACUGUUUUAUUCCAUAUAUGGAGUUUACAUCAUGAUACAAGAUAUUGGAAAAAUCCCAUGAAAUUUAAUCCUAAUAGGUUUCUAAAUGAAGACAAGGAUUUAGUGAUUCCAGAUUAUUAUAUGCCUUAUGGUGCUGGUUUACGACAAUGUGCUGGUGAAAGUUUAGCAGAGAUUGAACUCUUCUUAUUCUUCACCACAAUAAUGCAACAGUUGACCUUCACAGCAGAACAGUCACCUCUUAUUCUUGAACCAGAAUUCGAUUUUCUUAUCCGUCCCAAACCAUUCCGAGUUAGUGUAACUGAAAGAUAAUUCACAUUGUGUGAUCUCCUUUCAACUUUGUGACACGGGUUUCCAAUCUUCUCAAUAUAAUAGAUGAUUUGUCAUAUCAUAUAUUAUAUUCAUAUCCACUAUGUUAACACAUUUAAAUAUCAAGCACAUCAAAUACAUGUAUCAGAGCUUAGAGAAUCAAUAAUACUGAGUGAUGAAGACAAUUUAACAUUUUUUGGUCCAGUUCUGGAAGUCUCUAGAUGGCAUACAUUACCUCAGUAUCCAGACACGGAAGAUACUGUGAUGUUGUUACCUCCCUUUGCAGGUCAUGUCUCUUGGACCUAUUAAUUGACUAACAUUGCACAGUACUAUACCCAUAUUUCCAGGCACAGAACAUACUAAGUUGUUCUUACACCACAAUUUUUCUUAAUAAAUGCUCUACACACUACAGUUCUUGUAAUUUUUUCAAAUCCACGACUGUUUAUUUAAUCUUAUCGCAUUUCACAAAGUUGUUAUUGAAAUAUAUUAUUAGAUUUGAUCUGAUUGUUACAUUAGCACCACUCACAAUAUAAAUUUAAAACUUUACAUACCAUCUUUACUUGAUAUAGGGCAUUGUAGUCGAGGGUAUCUUUCUGAACCAUUAUUCAUUCAGCUGAAUUCAAGGUUCAUUAGUUUCUCAAAGUUUACUACUUGUGCAAUUAACAGUUGUUUUUAUUUAUUUUUGAUAUAUCGUGCAAUAUUUUGUUGUUUGU